GGCAGCAUGGGGCGGCCGCGGUGCCUGUGCGAGAUCUGCACCUGCGGGCGCCAUCGCUGCCUUCAUAAACCCACAAGGAUUUAUGAUAAUGGACAACAGCCGUGCCUCACAACAGAGUAUGUGGAAAAAUAUCCCAAGUAUAGCAACAUCUCUCCUCCCUGGAGCUUUAAGCCAAAACAAGAGUAUCAAAUGCAUCAUGGGAAAAUGGAAGGAAUUACAACAUUUAAAUCUGAUUAUUUACCAUACAAUAUUGUGAAGCGACAUUUUCAGGUACAGGAAGAAUAUAAACCAAAGACAGGAGAGAUAGAACUGGGAACCACGUACCAGAAAGAUUACAAUGCUCAUAAAAUAGAACCAGUGACAUUAGUAAGACCUCUAGAGAGAAAACACACUACAGGAGGAAAACUGGAUACCAUACCGACCUAUCAAGAUGACUACAGGUCAUGGGAAGUUCAAAGAAGGGAAGCUACUAAAGCGGUAUGUGUAUAUCACCCACCUACAGAGAAGUUUGGAAAUUCUACUACAUUUCAAGAUGACUUUGCUCCUAGGGAACUGAAUCCCAGACAAAGUUUUAAACCUCCUUGUGUAGCCAAGCUUUCAGAUGUGCCUUUUGAUGGUGUUACCAGCCAUCGCACUUCUUAUAUUGCUCAUCAACUGGAACCAAAAUUCAUAAGACCAAAAGAAGAGUACAAGCCAAGCAAUCAACCCUUUAUAGAUCUCACAACCCACCGGAAUGAUUUUAAAGGGCUACCUGGGGAACUUGCAAAAAGCUGCAAGCCUGAAAUUGCAAAAGUUAGCACCAAUGCUCGCUUUAAGGGAGUCACGGAAUUCCAGGAUCGUUUUCAGCCAUGGCUGGUCUCCUUACCUGAGGUCCGCAAAACCAGAGAGUAUGUUCCACCCUCAGGCAGCAUGGAUUUUAACUCCACAAGCCAUCUUGAUUACAUUAAGCAUGAAAUUUCUCCUGUUUUCCCCAUAAGACCAGUUUCUAAUAGAAGAAGAACCAAUGCCCCUUUUCAAGGAAUUACUACUAUGAAAGAAGACUUUAAAGCUUGGGGUACCUGUCAGCAAGAGAUUAUUAAGAAACAACAGGAAAUUCCAAAACCCAUGGGAAAAUUUUAUGAUUUAACUACAUUCAAAUCUCAUUACAUACCACAUCAGAUCACUCCAGUUCAAAGUUUCAAACCUGUACAUGCUAUAGCUCUUAAUCCAGGUCCUUUUCACGAUGAAACUAUGUAUCGCACAGAAUAUACUCCAAAGAAACCAGAGAUCUGCCCUGCAAAUUAUCCAUCUCCUCCAGGUUAUGUCUAUGUAAACACAGAUUCUUAUGGUCACAAAUUCUUUCGCCAGUUCACUCCAGAAUUUUCCAAGUCAGAUAGUAAUCCUAUUCCAAAGGAAAUAGCUGUUGUGUCUUAA